CGCCCCCCUCGGCGGCGCGACUCUCCCCUCCCCUCCCUCCCGGCUCGCCCUCCCCCGCCGGGCUCCCCGCCGCGCUGCUCGGCUCCCCGCGCCCGGCCGGCGCGGAGGCAGCGCCCGCCGCGGCCCUGCUCCGCCUCCGCGCCGCCUUUCCGGCAGGGCCUGUCGGGAGCAGGCCGCCGAGCCGCGAACGGCGCCGCCGGCCCUCGCCUGCCCGCCGCCGCCGCCAUGGUGCCGAGCCAGCUGCUGCUCUCCGCGGCGGCACGUGGCCGUGGUGACUAUGAUUCUGAUUUUAGCGAUGAGGAAAAUGGAGAAAAGUCUGCGCAAAAGACUAGAAGUGUAAAAGAAGAUGACCUCCUGAUAAAGCCAUUCCAAAAAGCAAAACAAAGCAAUGUGGCUCACAGACAAGUUGCAGCUGAAGAAUGGGAUAGGGAAGAAGCAAGAAAAAGAAGAUUUCAUUUGAUAGCUAUGGAUGCUUAUGAAAGACAUAAAAAGUUUGUGAAUGACUACAUUUUGUACUAUGGUGGCAAAUGGGAGGAUUUCCGACGUUCCAGAGCAAAUGACAAGACGGAUCUUGAUGUUAUAAGAGAAAACCAUAGAUUCCUGUGGAAAGAAGAUGAUGAAGUAGACAUGAAUUGGGAGAAGAGGCUUGCAAAGAAGUAUUAUGAUAAAUUAUUCAAAGAAUACUGUAUAGCAGAUCUUAGUAGAUACAAAGAGAAUAAGUUUGGAUUUAGAUGGCGACAUGAGAAAGAAGUAAUUUCAGGAAAAGGUCAGUUUUCCUGUGGAAAUAAGCACUGUGAUGAGAAGGAAGGCCUGAAGAGCUGGGAGGUGAAUUUUGGUUACAUUGAGCAUGGUGAAAAGAGGAAUGCCCUUGUGAAAUUGAGACUGUGUCCAGAAUGUUCCUACAAACUUAACUUUCAUCACCGGAGGAAAGAAAUCAAACCAAAGAAAAGAGGCACAACUAUACUGAAGUCUAAAGAACCAAAAGUUAAGAAGACAAAAUUAUCUUGUUCAACAAAAAGCAAGUCCAAAAAAAAGAGCCAUAAAGAUCAGGUUUCUUCGGAAGAUUCAGAUAGUUCUGAUAAAGAUUCAGAUAGCAGUGAUGUGCAAGAUGGUCCUUCAGAUGCAGACUUUUGGAAAGGUCCUCUACAAGAGCCAGAUGAAAAAUCACGGGAGGAGGAAUUUGAUGAGUAUUUUCAAGACUUGUUUCUCUGAAACUUGAAAUGGACGUAGGCUGAUUUUUUUUUUUUUUGGAGCAUUAAGAUGAGUGCCUGGUAAUCCAGUCAUAUUUAGGGACCAGAGACUUUUCCUUCUGCCGGUGUACCAUUUCUACAGUCACUCCAUAUGGACCAUCUGGGUGAAGUAUCUUUGUAGAAGGAUUCAGGCCUAAAAACUUUCUUUUUCUUGAGGUAGCCUGCAUACUCAUGAAAUAAGAGAAAUAAUCUAUUGAGUGCAAAAGAUAUAUUGCACCCUAACUUAAAAAGAGGAAGGACAUAAACAAAUAAGAAUAUAGUUUAUUGACAGUGCAUCACAGAAUUUGGCUGCUUUUUAUUUUAUCCCGAACUUUAGAUUUUGCCUGAUUUGUUUAAGGAAAGUUUUGGAAGAGUCUAUUAUCAGUUUAUAAUGACUAACAUAUUGAUAUUUUUAAUUUAUUAAACAGGAGUUAAUAGACUUAAAUUUAUUAGUCAUGUGGUCUUUAAUAUUCAGAUAUUAGUGUCUGUAAGUAUUUUAUAUGCUAUUAGGGAAGUUCAGUUUUUAUCAAGUAUGUCUUUCGCUUGAAUUAAAUAAAUAUCUGAAAUGUCUUCCCUACUCCUUAGUAAUGUUUAGUUCAUUAUGGAUUUGUUUUAAAUGUUAGUUAUCAUAUGAUAUGACUAAUAAUUCUGCUCAUUAAUAAAAAUCCAGAUGGUUGUUUAAAUUUUUGGUUUAAUAAAUAAAAUACAUUGCUUGCCGCUGGAGAUGUACACGUGGUUGGUUAUCUCUGGUUUCUGAUCCCCUUAACAUUGAAUGAAUGUUAAUCCUUCCUUAAAGUGUAAUCCUGAAUAUGCAGGUAAAGAAUACUUAUUGCUUGAGAAUCUUAGCGGAUUCAUUUUCCUAUUCAAAUUGCAACACAACUUAAAACAUUCUUUAUUGUAUGUUUCCAAAGAAACAGUCUGCACAUGAAUAGUUACAGGGACCAUUUUCUUUGUCAGAUGAAAAUUACUUUGGAUAUAAAGGACAAACUUGUUUUGAAUUAAAUGUUUAUGUUACGCAAUCUGACAAAAGUUAAUGUUGUAUAAAAUAUAUUUUUGAUAAAUACUUCCCACUGCAGAUGUCAUAAUAAAUAUUUGUUGUGGAAAAUGUAACAGUAGAGGUGGUUGCAGUGUAUUUAUGAACAUAUUACAUGCACUCACAUGAAUAUCAAUAGAGAACUAUUUACAAGUAAUAUUAAUUACAUUUUUAACAGUUUGUACUUACAUAAUAGAUGACAGUACAAGGACGCAUUUAGGGUGUCCUUGAGUAACAAAUAAAUGUAGGCUUGUAUGAAGGCUUCUUUAGGUAAGAAGAUGGAUUUAAAGGUUAAUUCUCUGUCAUCUUGCAAGCAUGGUUGAGAGCCAAAUCCAAUCUGCAGCAAUCUGCUUACAUGUAUGCAACUUGCCCGAAGGGGCUUUUGUAGAAUGUGUUGCUAUAUUUGUUGCUGCAGGUAUUGUACAUUAGGCAUGUGUUCUGAAUAACUAACUCCUCUUUGGGUCUUCAAAACACAGUUAUAAAAUCGUACAGUAUACAUAUUAAAUACAUAAUUUAAUACAGUUUGAAUAAAAUUACAUAAUGAAACAACCUUGGAAUAGCUUUCUUUUGUAUCUACGUGUAGUACAGAAAGUAAUACAUGAUACCCAAUUUUAUGGCAUUGUUAAGUUUGCAUAAAAGAUUUGGCCCAUUUGUAGGUAGGUAUAUAAUAAGUGGGAAACUUUUUGUGUAUUUUUCUUAAUUUCUGAUGAUAGCUGUACAGUAUGUGUGUAGAGCAUUCUUAGAAGGGUGUAUAGCAGGGCAAAUCUUUCUGCCUUCAUUGUGGAUGCCGAAAAAGAUCCCUUCCGAGUAAAGAAACGUGGUUCUGCUCUUUUGCAUUUGACAUCCCUCUCCUCUUAGGAGGAGACGGGACUGGAUCCACUCAAUGCUUAGAUACAUGCAUAAUAUACUAGCUGUUUUCCUUCCUUUAUCUGUAGGAGGAGCCAGCUUCCCGCGACCUGAGUAGUAGGUCCAGAGUGCUCUCUGUCAUUCUUCAAGGACAGAAGGUUUUUGUAGGAAGACUGAUGUUUCUUACAAAGACCUAAUUUGCACGCAGUGGUGGAAAGGGAGAUAUGUUAAUUCUGACAUGGCCUAUUUCAGGGAGAUACGUUAAUUCUGACAUGGCCUACUUCUUCUAUCCUCUUCUUCCCAAAAUUAAACUGAUGCCUGUUCAUUGGUUUUCACUUUUUUGGAAAAUUCUGUCCGUUUAUUGCAUUUUAAAAGGUGUAUCACGGGUACAUGAGCCUUUUAAAAUGACAUUGAAUGUAGAGCCUGCUGUAGAAAUACUUACUGCUUUAGGUAUCAGUGAAUUCUCACUUAAAUGAUGCUGAUGGCCUGCCUUUUUAGGUUUUCAAAAAUAAAAGGUAGUCAGUUUAGGAACCAUGGGCAGAGCCACUUGCACAUGAACAAAGGAAUGGUUUCUCCAAGCUAUGGGUACAAUUUACAGAUUUAUCCUUGGUGGUUUUGGAAAAAGAUUGUGUACCAUGGACCUGCUUCUUAUAGAUAUGAGCCAGGGAAUAAUUUUUAGCUCUCCUAAAGUGAAAUAAAUGUUUACCUCUAGAAUUGUAUCUAGUAUUGCAUAUGAAGGAAAAGGACACAAUUCCAGAUUAUGGAAAUACACAUAAUAUAAAAAUCUAAAUACACGUUAUGAAAUCCGCAAUUUUUUGAUUGAAUUAUGCAUGUUAAGUUUCAGUAAUUUCAUAUAAGAUCUAUCAAAAUUAUUUAUAUUUUUCAGGACUGUGCAGCAGUUACAUAUUUUAAUAAAAAUAUUGUGUACAAGUUGUGACAUGAAGUAAUAUCAAGACCUCACAGUUAACUCAUUUUGCACCAUUAAUCAUUUUUUCUUCUGUCUUUUGAUUUUUCAGUUUUUAAUUGUAACUCUUUCUUUUAGUCCAUUAAAAAUUAUUUCCAACAAAUGGCAGAUGUUUAAGAGGAUUGUUAAGAGAUGGGUCUGUACUAUUCUAUGCCAAGCAGAAAUCCACGGGGCUCAUUGAAGUACUUUCUAGAAGUCUUUUCUGUAGCAGAAACAGUGUCUUUGAGACUAUGUAUUACAAAAUUAUACAUGUUUUGGACUUUCCCUCAUCUCCGCCACCACCUCCAGCUGCAUUUUCUGCUAAGAAACAGAGAAGGAAAGAAAUGUGAGUAUUUUCUGUUCAUUUCAGUUGCUCUCCAUAUUUUUUUAAACAGGUGUUGCUUUUGUGAUAUGGAUGUUAUGUGUAUUUGACCUCCUGAAAAUUGCAUGUUUUCACUACUUAUCUGGGAAAUCAGAAUGUGAAACAACAAUGCAUAGUAUAAAUAUAUAUAUAUACACAUACAUGUUGGAGCAGUUGAUAUCAACGUUUCUGAAAGGACCAAACACACACUGAACCACUCUUACUGGAAAGUUUCAGUAGUUGUGUAUUUAACUCUGUCCCACACAUACAAAACUGGGGAAUGCAAGCCAUGCAAAGGAAAUAAACUGUUGCAUCAAUAUAAUAUUUGAAACUAUUUUUGAAGGAGAAGAUAAACAAAAACUUGAAUUUGACCUAAUUGUAUAAACUUUUAGCUAACCCUGCAUGAAUCACUUUUUAAUUACCAAUCAAGAGAGAGGGGUUUUUUGUAUGUUUUUUAUCUGUAGCUACUGAUUCUGUUAAUGUCUCUCUCAAAUGAUUCCACAGAUUUUUACUGGUCAUAGGUCAGAUCUUUCAGUGUAAUAAAUUGCGUUUCCAGGUUCAUUUAAGGAGCCAAGAACAGAUCUGCUCCAAAAUCUGACAGUAACUUGAUGCGUGGCCUUGAGUAACCUCUCCUCUGUGUGAAAUGUGAAGAAUACUCACCUAUUUCCCACAGACACUGGUUAACAAAUAAAUUAUUCAGUACUGUUUUAUAUUUUGAAGAUGUGAAACACACUAUUAAACUUCUCCAAACUAUAGCUGACAAUAAAUCACUCCAUAGAAAUCAUGCAUAUUUUUGUUUUAACUAUUUCAGGCAUUUCAGCUGACUGGCAGACCUGUUGAUCUAAUAUUCCAAAUGCACUACAGAUUCAAGAUAAUGGACUUGUUUCACUCUUACACUUGAGUGAUAAGGUUCUCAGUUUCUACUAAAUCAGAUUUUUUUUCCAGGUCAUCACAUGCAAAACCAUACUUUUAAUUUUAGAACUUACACUGUCUUAGGAAAACUAGCGCUAAAUUUGCACUUUGUGAGAGAGAAUUUUUUUAGCCAAGAAAUUGAUGAUAGGAAACUAGAGCCAAAAGCUUCAUCUUGAACUUGGAAAAGGAGUGGGGAUAUACACUGCCUUCUAUGCUCCAGAAGCAAACUAUCCAUUCUCAUAUCUUGAUGAUUUUAGUUUUCAGCCUAAGCAAAGCAUCUUAAUAUAUUUGAUGCUGAUGCCACAUAGAAUUGCUGCAUUUUUUGUUUCAGGUGACUGCAGCACUCACAGAUAAAUAGGUGUUUUAUUAUGUUUAGUCUUUAAGCCUUAAGACAAAAGAAAUUUUACAUUUCCUUCACCUUUGUUACGAUCACAUUUUCUAUAAUACUAGAGUUUAGAAAAUGAGGUCAGUGUACUGGAUUUAUAUAAUCUUUAACUCCUUUUCCAACUAAAGAUAAGAGUUAAUCUGGCUAAUUCAGAACCUGCAUGCCAUUAGUGUAAAGUUGAAUAGAAUACUGCACAAUGUAUGAAUUUCAGAGAGAAAAAAUACAUUGACUGCCUUAUGUAUAUGAAAACCAUAAAAGUUAUUUAACCUUUUUUGGCAGCUGCUUCUUCUUCCUUUUUCUUUUGUUCCUCAAUAACUUUCAUCUUCUCUUCGUAUUCAUCAGCUCGUGAUUUCCAUUCAACCCUGUUGUUUUGAAGACCAUUGAACAUAGGUGUAAUUUCCUUGUGAAACCUUGAGAAUUCCUGUAGAAAUGAUUUAAAUUAGUAAAUUAGAAAUGUUUAAAGACACAUGAUUUGUAAAUUCUGAAUUUGUGGCAAUACUGCUACUGUGCAAAGAAAACAUUGCUUUCUUCUAUUAAAUCUAAUUCUUUCA